GACGUCAGCUGCACUGGCCGCAGAUGCCAAUGUCUUUCAGUUUCCUUAGUAAAGCCAAAGAGCAUUUAACUUUUCUUCGUAAAAAAUAAUGCAAUAGAAGCAUGUAGCAGAACACGCGAUACCUCCAAAAUGUCCGUACCAAGAUGCUCGAGGGACCUGUUGGGUUUCUCUCGCCAAUUGACCCGACAAUGCUCUCGACGCCCUCAUCGACCCCUCCGUCUUCCCGCUCGAACUAUCGCGUCUUACACGGCCCCGUACCAGGCGAAUGCUAUAUCUGUCAUACAGAGCAAUGUUGACUCGACCUCAGACGAGUUUAAGGAAAAUGAGAGGCUCAUGGGAGAGGCUAUGGCCCGUCUAGAGCAGCUGACUCGCACAGCUCAGCAAGGAGGUUCCGCGAAAGCUAGAGAGAAACACAUUGCGAGGAAAAAGAUGCUGCCGCGAGAUCGAGUGACGGCUUUAGUAGAUCCUGGAACAACGUUCAUGGAACUAUCGCCUUUAGCAGGCCACGAACUCUACCCCGAGGCGGACGUACCCGCGGCAGGCAUCAUUACUGGGGUUGGGGUUGUGGAGGGCGUCACGUGUGUGAUAGUAGCGAACGACAGCACGGUAAAAGGAGGCACUUACUACCCCAUCACUGUGAAGAAGCACUUGAGAGCCCAGGCUGUAGCUCAGGAGAAUAAGUUGCCCUGCAUAUAUCUGGUAGACUCAGGUGGUGCGAAUCUUCCCCACCAGUCAGACGUCUUCCCAGACCGCGACCAUUUCGGUCGGAUUUUCUAUAACCAGGCGAGGAUGAGUUCUCAAGGGAUCCCCCAAAUCUCCGUCGUCAUGGGGUUAUGUACGGCGGGUGGGGCAUACGUCCCUGCUAUGAGCGACGAGAAUAUAAUUGUGGAAGGUCAAGGUCAUAUUUUCCUAGCCGGUCCACCUCUCGUCAAAGCCGCUACAGGUGAAGAGGUAUCCGCCGAAGAGCUCGGCGGCGGUGCCAUGCACACCUCGGUAUCUGGGGUAUCCGAUUACCUAGCUGUAGACGACGCUCACGCCAUCGUGCUAGCAAGACGGUGUAUCAGUAACCUAAACUGGCCGCACAAAGCCACUCCUCCAGCAACCAGUUACUCCGAACCUCUAUACUCGACCUCGGAACUGCUAGGCAUAGCAUCAACGAACCUCCGCAAGCCGCUCCCGAUCCACGAGGUAAUCGCACGCAUCGUUGACGGUUCGCACUUCGCUGAGUUUAAGCGGGACUACGGGUCGACAUUAGUAACAGGCUUCGGCAGCAUCUACGGGCAGCGCGUGGGUAUCGUAGCCAACAACGGGAUCCUAUUCGGUACGUCGGCGCAGAAGGGUGCGCACUUCAUCGAGCUGUGCGCCCAGCGCGGCGUCCCGCUCAUCUUCCUGCAGAACAUCGCGGGCUUCAUGGUCGGUGCCCAAGCCGAACGUGAGGGAAUCGCGAAGCACGGCGCCAAGCUCGUUACUGCUGUGGCUUGCACUGAUGUGCCUAAGUUUACUGUCGUCGUCGGCGGUAGCUACGGCGCGGGUAAUUACGGCAUGUGCGGUCGGGCUUACAGCCCCCGAUUCUUGUGGAUGUGGCCGAAUGCGAGGAUCGGGGUUAUGGGCGGGGAGCAGCUGGCUAGCGUUAUGGAGACGGUGGGCCAGAAGGCGGAUCCGGAGUUGAGGGAUAGGAUCGAGAGGGAGAGCGAUGCGGUUUAUUCUUCCGCUAGGUUAUGGGACGACGGUGUUAUCCCGCCACAGCAUACGAGGCGCUACCUCGGGCUGGGAUUGAGAGCCGCGCUGUCGGGUAGGAACGAUAUCCAGCCUGGUGAUACCAGAUUUGGGGUCUUCCGGAUGUAGCACGUCGCACCCGACGGAUAGGCCUAUUUCCAAUCUAUCUACGACUAGAUCCUGUCUACAUACGUCAAAAAGGUUGCCUUGUUAGUUUGCCUAACUUCUCCAUCAUGCAACUUGUUUACUACGCCGGUCUUACGGGGUGCCCUUAUGAGCGAGUUUACGGUUCACCUGGGUGCUGUGCCCGACCGACUGGGAAGCGGUGAGGAAUGGCGGCUUUUGAAAGAGGACUUGCGACUUGACCGCCUCCUCCUUUGCUUUCUAGCGACCCCCCUGGAUACGAGCAGUUGCGAUCCGCCCAAUGACUACGCUUCCGCUGGGUGAUUAGGUGAUGCUCGUCAGGGUUCGUUCAUGUAAACGGACGGAUAGGGAUUUGCGGG